UAAAGUAACAAGCCUUAUUAAGUUCUAGGGUUUGUUAUAGCAAAGUAAAUAGUUAGUAAAUAACAAUAACGGAAAUGUUCAUGAUAUAUCAACGAUCAGAUCUGUGGAAAAGAACUACCAGGUAAAGCUAGAAGUUGUGAGAUGUGGAGUUUCUGGAAGCUCGUAUUUUUCUUGAAAACAAAUGUGCGCUGGAAAAUUGUAUUAUCAGUGUUGGUUUACUGUUCAUUUGGAGUUAAAAAAAUAUACGCUCAAACCACUCAGAAUAUUAAUGUUUUGUUUGUAAACGAGGUCGGCAACGACCUGGCGCAAGUGGCCGUUGACGUUGCGCUCAAUUACAUCAGGAAGAAUCCAAGUCUCGGUCUCUCAGUGGAAAUCAUGAGCAUAGAAGGCAAUCGAACGGAUAGCAAGGGUAUGCUUGAAGCAUUGUGUGCAAAAAUAUCGGAAGCAAUACAGACCAAUAGGCCACCACACGUUAUCUUUGAUACAACAUUAACGGGGGUGUCUUCGGAAACGGUUAAAUCCGUCAGUGCAUCAUUGGGUAUACCGACCGUAUCGGCAUCCUAUGGGCAGGAAGGUGACCUUCGACAAUGGCGAGAUCUAUCCCCUAUCAAAAGCAACUAUUUGCUGCAGGUGAUGCCCCCAACUGAUAUGAUACCGCAAUCUAUUCGCAAAAUUGUCACCUACAUGAAUAUUACAAACGCCGCUAUUCUCUACGAUGAAUCGUUUGUAAUGGACCAUAAGUACAAGGCGUUGCUUCAGAACAUGCCGACCAGACAUGUUAUUACUUCGAUCGGCAAUGACAAAGAUCGAGCCGAACAGAUUGAAAAGCUUCGCAAUUUGGAUAUCAACAAUUUCUUCAUUUUGGGCUCUUUCAAUUCUAUCAAAAAAGUAUUAGAAUCAGCAAAACGGGAAUUUUUUGAACGAAACUUUGCUUGGCAUGCAAUUACCCAGUAUCAAGGGGAGCUUUCCAGCAAUAUAGAUAACGCUACAAUAAUGCUUCUUCGCCCAAUAUCGGACAGCCGAAGCAAGGAUCGACUUGGAGUCAUACGAACUACCUACAACAUGAAACAGGAGCCACAAAUAACGACUGUGUUCUAUUUUGAUCUUGCCUUGCGUACAUUCCUCGCUAUCAAAAACAUACUUCAAGUAGGAGCGUGGCCACCAAACAUGAAGUACAUGGUUUGUGAAGACUACGAUGGUACAAACUCUCCGAAUCACACCAUAGAUUUGAGAUCAGCGUUUAUAGAGGUUACUGAGCCCACGACCUAUGCACCAUUUCAAUUCCCGACUGGAAAGUCCAAGUUUAACGGUUAUGCGUAUCCCAAGUUUGAUAUGGACAUAAGUGCAGUGACCAUUCGUGGCGGAGCAUCCGUUAGUACCAAAAAUCUAGGUAAAUGGAGCACCGAUGAUAAGCUGACCGUUUACAACGAUGAAGACAUGGGCAGCCUAACGGCAGAUACGGUCUACAGAGUUUACACAGUUGUUCAAGAGCCUUUCAUAAUUCGUGAUCCCUCGGCUCCCAAAGGCUUUAAAGGAUAUUGCAUUGAUCUGUUGGACGAAAUAGCUAAAAUAGUUAAUUUUGAUUAUGAAAUCAAGGAAGUGGAAGACGGCAAAUUUGGAAACAUGAACGAAAAAGGCGUAUGGAAUGGUAUCGUUCGGAAAUUAAUUGACAAGCAGGCAGACAUAGGUCUCGGAUCGAUGUCCGUAAUGGCGGAGAGGGAAACGGUGAUCGAUUUUACCGUGCCGUACUACGAUCUGGUGGGAAUUUCCAUAAUGAUGCAACUGCCUAGCACUCCGAGCUCUUUGUUCAAAUUCUUGACUGUGCUGGAAACCAAUGUGUGGCUAUGUAUUUUGGCGGCGUACUUUUUCACUAGUUUUCUCAUGUGGAUCUUCGAUCGCUACAGUCCAUACAGCUACCAGAAUAAUCGAGAGAAAUAUAAAAACGACGAUGAAAAGCGAGAGUUCAAUAUUAAAGAAUGUUUGUGGUUUUGUAUGACCUCUUUAACGCCACAAGGUGGUGGAGAAGCUCCCAAGAAUUUGUCGGGACGAUUGGUAGCUGCGACAUGGUGGUUAUUUGGAUUCAUUAUCAUAGCGUCGUACACAGCUAAUUUAGCUGCGUUUCUAACUGUAUCACGUUUGGACACUCCUGUUGAAUCGUUGGACGAUCUUUCGAAGCAGUACAAAAUUCUCUAUGCUCCGCUUAACGGAUCUUCGGCUAUGACCUAUUUCCAAAGAAUGGCAGAUAUAGAAGCGCGGUUCUAUGAAAUAUGGAAAGAAAUGUCUUUGAACGAUUCACUAACGCCUGUGGAACGCUCGAAACUCGCCGUUUGGGACUACCCGGUCAGCGAUAAGUACACUAAAAUGUGGCAAGCUAUGCAGGAAGCUGGACUACCGAACAGUCUGGACGAGGCAGUCGAGCGCAUACGGAACUCAACGUCUGCAUCUGGUUUCGCCUUCUUGGGUGAUGCUACGGAUAUUCGAUACAAAGUUUUAACCAACUGCGAUUUGCAGAUGGUCGGUGAAGAGUUUUCACGGAAACCUUACGCAAUAGCCGUCCAGCAAGGAUCUCCUCUUAAGGAUCAAUUCAAUAAUGCAAUAUUGAUGCUUCUUAACAAGAGACAGUUGGAAAAGCUCAAGGAACAGUGGUGGAAAAAUGACGAUAUUCAGAGCAAAUGUGAGAAACCUGACGAUCAAUCCGAUGGUAUCAGCAUUCAAAAUAUUGGAGGUGUAUUCAUCGUAAUAUUUGUGGGUAUCGGAAUGGCCUGUAUAACAUUGAUAUUCGAGUUUUGGUACUACAAGUACCGCAAAAACGUUAAAAUCAUUGAUGUUGCUGAGGCCACAGAUGAAAAUCUCGGCCAAAAGAAAAAUCUUCGGAUAAGCAAUUUGAAACAGGAAUUUGGAAACAUGGGCCAAAUUAAGGAUGAUCCUGGGACAAAAACACAAUCCCUCCGAACUAGAACGCAAACAUUGGACAUCAAUAAUUUCAAGUCUCGUUUCUAAAAGUGAAACAUAAACCUAGAACCAGAUAGUAACGCGUUGUCAUUAAACUGAGUAUCAGCUAUGCUCCUUUAGCACAAAAUAUCUUUAAAGUUAGAUCAGUAACGCGUUGUCAAACAGCCAAUAAUUUGCAAUUGUAGUAACGCAUUGUAUGCCAUUUGUAAUGUUUAAGAUUUAAGAGUUACCAUUGAAUAUAAAUUGGUUGGUUUUUAAAAA